AUGCGGGUGCAACAUACGGCACAUUCUAUUGGAUCGUUCCCCGUAUGCUCAGCUGCUUUUCUAUCGCCGACGGAGCUCGUUCUCGGUGGGGGCGGAGGCCAAUCCCGGAGCGGUAUCAAGAACAAGCUGAAAAUUUAUAACAUCCAGAGUCAUGAUAAGCUGGAGCUUGUUGACGAGUUUGAACUGGAAAAAGACGGCGAUGCACCUAUGAGCAUCGCUUCUCGCCUUUCCUCAAACGAAAUCGUAUGUGGAAUUAACAGCACGUUGGAGAAGCAAAAGAAUGGCCAGAACGAGAAUUGCCGACUGUUCGCUUUCAGGGACAAGAAGUUGUCUCCUGUGCGGUCCAAGGGGACCUUGACAAGCCCGGAUAAUCUCGAUGACUACCAGAAGGUCACCACCAUAUCUCCGGAUGGUGCAUUCGUAGCUGUCGCAGGGGAGCACGACUUCGCUUUGCUGACGUAUCCCGAACUAAUCUUGGCAGCAAACUCCAUCAAGGUCCCCAAGGCCGACAUUUACGAUGCCACGUUUGCCCUCACCACGCUCAUCAUCGCAACAACGGUCAACCUUCUUAUCUAUUCUCUUCCAAAACCGUCCGACGCCAAGGGAAAAGGCAAACUCGCCGACCUUGAACUCAUCCAGACCGUCGACCGGCCUCCUCUAGCCGGCGGUGACGCAGGGAGCAGUUUCCGCGCAGCGAGGUUUCAUCCGAACGACUAUGAGCUGUUAUUCACCCUUUCAAACACGGUUCCUGCGCGCAGCUCCGGCAGGGGCAGAUCCAAGCAGGCACCCCGUCUGGCAUACGUUUGUAAAUGGGAUGUGAAGACGUGGAAGGUGAAGUCCAUGAGGAAGGUCGGAGACAAGGCAGCAACCUGCUUUGACAUGAGUGCGAACGGCAAACUGCUUGCAUACGCCUUGUCGGAUUACACGGUCGGCGUGCUGGACGCCGAUACCUUAGCACCCUUGAUAACAAUCCUCAAAGCCCAUGAAUGGGCGGUAACCGCCAUCAAAUUCAAUCCCACCGCGAGUUUGCUUGUCUCUGGUAGCACAGAUAACACUGUUCGUGUAAUUGCCCUUCCUGAGAACAUAUCUAGUUCCUCCUGGUCAACCGUUGUAGGAUUCAUCGUGGCUAUCCUUGUUGUCCUUCUCGCCAUCCUGGCCAAUCAAAUGUAUGGCCCCGGGUUUGAGGGUUUGAAAUGGUAG